GGCUUCCACACUGUUUGGAAACAACUCACCACCUCCCUAAAGCCCCGUGUGUCAGGCUGCUCCCGAGAUCUCAUCAAGUGUCUUCAAACUCUGCCAUUUCACGUUGAUUAUUUAAGACUUAGCGAUUACUAACUGAAUUUAAAUAGUAAUAGAUCAGAACAGUGACAAACAUGGAGGAGGCACGAGGUUCCCCACUGAAGACCAUUUCUAUCAUCGUAAAAACGCCUAACCAGCAUCAGGAAGAUCAGACCGUCAAUGGCGUCGAUGUCAACUGGACUGUAAAGAACUUGAAAAUGCAUUUGUCUACUGUCUACCCCACUAAACCGGCUGUGAAUGAACAGAGACUUAUCUAUUCUGGCAAACUUCUUCCUGACCAUCUCCACAUUAAAGACCUCUCGAGACAGACUGACUCCACUGUAACAUUGCACCUGGUGUGUGCAGUAAAGAACUCUCCACAAACAACAAUGGCUGCAAAGGGUAAAGAGGCAGUGACUUCACAUUCCUCGCCCUCCAGCAGUGCUUCCACAUCUGUCCAAGGUCCAGCUGCUCCAGAGCUAAGACAGAGGGGAGUGCCUUCCCCUCCCACUGGAGCUCCUGUGUGGCCCACAGCUCAAAUGUAUGGAACACCAGCAAUGACACAGCCAUCAUUCCCCACAUACUCUUUGUACAGCGCCCAGCAGCUCCUAUGGCUACAGCACGUCUAUGCACGACAGUAUUAUAUGCAAUACCAUGCAGCAUUGGCAGCAGCAAGCACAGGACCACUGCACCAAACCACAACAACAAUAGCUCAGUACCCCCCUGUCCCUGCACCACAUCAAGUACCAGUUCCAGCUCCUCUGGCCAAUCAAAACCCAAUCGACAACCUACCAGCCAAUCAGAAUCCAGCUCCGGACGCAGCCUUCAUUAACCCCGGCGUAGCCAAUCAGAACAUGCGGAUGAAUGCACAGGGCGGGCCUGUGAUGGAAGAUGAGGAGGACAUGGAACGAGAUUGGUUGGACUGGUUUUACUCUGCUGCCAGAUUAGGAGUUCUGCUCAUGAUUGUUUACUUCAACUCCAACCUCAGUCGCUUCCUGCUGGUGAUGGGCAUGCUGUUCUUCAUGUACAUGUAUACUGUUGGAUGGUUCCCUUUCAGAAGACGAGCAGUACAAGUGCAACCCCCCAUUCCUCCACAAGCCCCUGAAAACCAGAACCCAGAACCUGUUGCUGCUGAUGAGGUGGACAGACCCAAUGAAGAUGGUUCUGAGGAGACUUCUGAACCAGGACCCAUGACUGCUGUGUUAGUGCCUUCUCAGCAGGUGUCUGUGAUGUGGACCGCCUGGGUCUUCUUCAAAACCUUCUUCUCGUCUCUCAUCCCUGACGUCCCCCAGGGAGUCGCCAACUGAGAUCCAUCCUCUCCCUCACACACAUGCACAGACAGACUUCUAAAGAAAUAUCCAAGGAUUUUAUUUCUGGAGCCUUAUGCACAAUAGCACUACCCUUUUGCUGUGCUAAUUGUGAACUGGGAAUAAUCUGGACUGCAGAUGUGUAAACUUAAGAGUAGGUGGCAGCAGUGAAGAUGUACCUUACAGGUAUACAGGUAAUAGUGUAUUUAUCUUCUCAGUGCAGCAUGUUACAGCCACCUGAAGCUGAAGUAGUAGAAAUAUACUAUAAAACUUUAUCAAACAAUUUGAUUUUAAAGUUUACAGAAAACACUGCAUUGUGAGAUGUUUCCUUGGAGAAAGAAAGCCUAAUAAUCAUGACCAAAUGUAAAAACUGCUCUUCACUUGUAAAAUAUGGACAUAUCUUGGACAUUCUCUGAACAUUUUGUAAAUAUAUUGUGUAUGUACUCAAAGCACUUUAUAAUAUGUAUCUUAUGCAAGCCUUCACUCAAAUGUUUAGGUGAAUUUCAGUUUUUUAAAAGGGGCCCAAUAUCUUAAAUCAUUUAAUGGUGCCAAAAUGUCUUUUACUUUUAAAGUUGUUGUUUUUUUUCCAAAGUGGACUACAGCAGAACAUUUUAAAAUGUGGUAAAACACAUUUGAUAAGCUUUUUUUUGUUUUGUUUGCAUUGAAAGUGAACUGCGGAAACAGAACACUGACGAGCACAUUGGUUCAUUGAUUGUAUAUUUUGUUUAUAUUUUAUGACACUUUUUUAGUUUAUGGGAAUACGACUGUUGUAGAAAGUGAUGCAAUAAGAUACAAUAAAUAUUCUUAUCUGUAUUAUA